AUGACCAUCCGCUACGUCGCACCCAACAUGCCGAUCUUCAAGGUGCACACGUCUCUCCUUUUCGAUCCCCAUCGAAAGACAUUCAUCGACAACGUAUCGCUGACCAUCGACCGGGAAUCCGGGCUGAUUGUCGAUGUGAUCGAGCGACCAGGACCCGACGUGGAGCAACAACACGAGGAACCCGGAAGCGUCGACCUGCGCGGACUGGUCUGCUGUCCGGGCCUGGUGGACGCGCACACCCACAUCUUUCUCCAUCCAUACUCGGAGACACCGUCUCUGAAUCAGAUGCGCGACGAGAGCCUGGUGGAGCGAGUCAUCCGAUCCACGAACCACUGUCGCGCUGCUCUCCUGGCAGGCUACACGACCUACAGGGACCUGGGGACCGAGGGCCUCCGCGAUGCCGAUGUGAACGUACGCGACGUCAUCAACCGUGGUCUCGUACCGGGUCCGCGUCUGUUCGUCGCUACAGAGGCCCUUGCUUCAUCGGGAGGCUACGAGAUCCGACAGGAGAACCAGCUGGGAGGCACGGUGACGCCACGGAUCGCUGAUGUCGCGGAUGGCAUCUACGGUGUUCGUGCGGCCGUUAGGAGGCGAAUCGGUGCCGGUUGUGACAUCGUCAAGUUCUACGCGGACUAUAGGAAGAGACAGUUGCGUUAUCCGCCCGCCAUGUGGCCCGGGGCCCCUGCCAUCCAGUUCCCUCCCCCCGCGCGGGAGAGGAAUCCCAAUCUAACUCUGUUCUCCCAGGAGGAGAUGGAUGCCAUUGUCGCCGAGGCCACGGAUGCUGGGGCUCCGGUUGCUGCCCAUGCCACUAGCUCGCGCGCCGUGACGAUGGCGGCCAGCGCUGGAGUCACUACGAUCGAGCAUGGCAACUACGCGGGCGAAGAAGGAUUACGCGCGAUGAAGGCCGCUGGAACCAUAUUCGUUCCUACAUUGGCUGCCAUGGAAAAGUUGGCGCCGGCUGAAUUGGAUGCGUUUCUCCUGAACACUAAACGAGCCUGGGACAUGGGGGUCAAGUUGGCCUGUGGGGGAGAUACCGGCGCCUUCGCGCACGGAGACAAUGUCAGAGAACUGGAACUCAUGCUGAACGCAGGGAUCCCGGUGGAAGAAGUGCUCGUGGCCGCAACGCUGCAUGGUUGGGAGGCCUGCGGAGGCGACCUCUGCGGACGACGCUUUGGCUGGAUAGGAAAGGGCGUCGCUGCAGACAUCGUUGGACUCGACGCGGAUCCAAGGACAGCCUCGAAUGCCCUGCGCAAGAUCAGCUUUGUCAUGAAGGACGGACGAGUGUGGAAGCGCGACGGGGUGGCCGUUGGGAUGACAUGA